ACUAACUGGUUCAAUUUUGAUAUAUUUAUCGUCAUUUGAAACCAGUCGAAAUAAACAUGAGCCUGCUAACACGGCUUCAUCUUUCAGUGCAAAGACUUGAACAGUAUUUACAAAAGCUAACAGCAACAUAUAUAAAUAACCAAACACAUUUUGGCUUAGCUAUAGAUACACCUUCAACAAAUGGAAGAUUGGACAAUGGCCAUGCUGAGCAAAAGUCUAUUUUGGAUGAAAUCUUUUCUCCAAUAGAUUAUGCAGUACCUAAAUUUAGACGAUCACGUGAACGUAGAAUGACACGGCAGUUUGGGAAACAUCAAAUGGAAAAAUAUAUUGAUAUCAAGAAAAGUUUGAUUAUGUGUCUUGAAUGUGGUCAUUGGCAUGAAAAGAGAACAAUUUGUGGUACUUGUUAUGAAAGAGUUAAAGAAGAAACACAAGAGAUGAAAAAAGAAUUGGGCGAGGCCAUGGAGUAUACACCUGAUCAGAAAGAAAUCAUGUUUGUUUAUGAUGGUGAAGAGAAACCUACCUUUGAAGGAAAACAUAUUGUGGAAAUGAAAAAGCCUAGACCUAAGUGGUUUGCUGAUGCACUGUUGACAAAAGUGAAACCAUCAAAUAAUUAAAAUUCAAUAAAAGUUU